AUGGCCGACAAUCGGAGAUCCAAGGGCACCGUUAAGUGGUUCAACGAUCAGAAGGGUUUCGGAUUCAUAACACCCGAAGAUGGCGGAGAAGACCUCUUCGUUCACUUCACUUCCAUCCGAUCCGACGGCUUCCGCUCCUUGUCCGAGGGUCAGUCCGUCGAGUUCCUCAUCGAUUACGGCGCAGACGGCCGCCCCAUGGCCGUCGACAUCACCUCUGCCGCCGUUAGAUCUCGCAGUCUAGGCGGAUUUCGCGGAGGGGGCGGGAGAGGAAGAGGACGCUACGGCGGCGGGGAAGGCCGUGGCGGAGGGAUCGGACGGAGAGGGGGAGGAGGUUACGGGGGUGGUGGAGGAGGAGGACCUGGCUGUUAUAAUUGUGGAAGAAUAGGUCAUUUGGCGAGGGAUUGUUACCAGGGACAGGGCGGUGGGGGUGGUAGUGGUGGGGGAGGUGGUGAUGGUAGGAUACGGAAACGCGGUGGUGGAGGGGGCGGGGUUGGGGGGGUGGUGGCGGAGGAGGAGGAGGAGGAGGAGGAGGGUGUUAUAACUGUGGGGAGGAAGGGCAUUUUGCGAGGGAAUGUCCAAACGUUGGGAAAUGAAAAAUUACCAUUGGCAUUUGUUCCAAAUAUGUUUUGCAGUAAUUCAGCAACAUAUUGCAUUCGCCUCUUUGCUUUGUCCUCGAACUACCUGUAUUUGCAUGACAACCCUGCCAUUCUGAUCAGUCUGAAGCAAAUGUCAGAGUCUCACUGA